AUGUUCAGUUAUGUGGAAGCUCCUAGAACCUUCUCCUAUGGGUUUUUAUGGAGACUUCAUUGCAUGGGCAUGAUUGCUGAUAGACUGGUUAAUUCAGGAACAAUGUGGAUCUGGGCACUGUGGCUAUUCCCUUUACUCUGCAAACUCAGCCUGACAGCCCUGCCAACUAAACCUAAGAAUAUUUCAUGUGUCUUAAAUGGCGUUAAUUUAAUUUGCACUUGGAGUCCAAAGAAGGAAGCCAGUUUUACUGAGUACAUUGUUAAUGCAUCUUGUAAAUGUGGAGGAAGCAAAAACAAUUACACUUGUACAUCCAACAGUUCUACAGGUGCCUUGUGCUCUUUUUUGCAUCAAAUUAUAGCAGCUCCAGCUCAUUGUACCAUUGUAGUGGAAGCUCAAAAUGCAGAUGGGAUAAUUAAAUCUGACACUACACAUUGGUCAUUAAAUGACAUAUUGAAAACUAUACCACCUAAGAUUUUAAGUGUGAAGCCAGUUUUGGGCAUCAAAAAAAUGCUUCAAAUACAGUGGGAACUCCAUGCAUUAUCAGAUGACUUAAAAUAUAUACUUCGAUUCAAGACAGUCAAUAGUACUCAUUGGAUGGAAGUCAACUUCAGUGAUGUUGAGGUCUACAACCUCACAGGGCUGCAGGCUUCUACUGAAUAUGUCAUUGCUCUGCGUUGUAAAACCAACAAGUCAAGAAUUUGGAGUGACUGGAGCCAAGAGAAAACGGGAAUGACAGAGGAGGAAGUUCCACAUGUCCUGGAUCUGUGGCGCAUUUUGAGACCAGUUGAAGAGGAUGGAAGAAGGCCAGUGCGGUUGCUGUGGAAGAAGGCAAAAGGAGCCCCAGUUCUGGAGAAAACACUUGGCUACAACAUUUGGUACUUUCCAGAAAACAACACUAAUGUCACAGAGAUGAGGACUACUAACCAGACACUUGACCUGUGUCUCAGAGGCGAGACCUAUAGGGUGUCUGUGAUUUCAUAUAAUUCUCUUGGGAACUCUAUACCAGUUACCCUGAGGAUUCCAGAUAUUCAUGAGAAGGCAUUUCAGUGUAUCAAGGCUAUGCAGGCCUGCCUUGUUCAAGACCAGCUGGUGGUGGAGUGGCAAUGUUCCUGUCUGGAGGUAGAAACAUGGAUGGUUGAAUGGUUCCCAGAUUUGGACUCAGAGCUCUCUGCCUUUUCCUGGGAAUCUGUGUCUCAGGCUAAGAACUGGACAAUCCAUCAAGAUAAAUUAAAACCCUUUUUGUGCUAUAACAUUUCUGUGUAUCCAGUGUUACAAGACCGAGUAGGAGAGCCAUAUUCCAUCCAGGCCUAUAGCAAAGAAAGUAUCCCAUUACGAGGUCCCGAAACCAAGGUGGAAAACAUUGGUGUGAAGACAGUCACCAUCUCAUGGAAAGAGAUUCCCAAGAAACUGAGAAAUGGUUUCAUCAGCAACUACACCAUAUUUUACCAAGCUGAAGGUGGAAAAGAAUUCUCCAAGACAGUCAACUCCAGCACCCUACAUUAUGGCCUGGAGUCUCUGACACGAAAGACCUCUUACACUCUUCAGGUCAUGGCCAGCACCAGAGCUGGGGGGAAAAAAGGGGACAUGAUAAAUUUCAAGACAUUGUCAAUCAGUGUCUUUGAGAUUGUCCUUAUAACUUGCCUGGUUGGAGGAGGUCUUCUUAUGCUCAUCAUCUUCACGAUGGUUUCUGGUUGCAAAAAACCAAGCAAGUUGACUCAACUAUGUUGGCCUGAUGUCCCCAACCCUGCUGAAAGUAGUAUAGCCACAUGGCUUGGAGCUGAUUUCAAGAAUAAAGUAAAUCUGAAGGAGUUUGAUGACUCUGUGAACACAGAAGACAGGAUCCUAAAAUUGUGUUCUGCUCCUACUGACCUCAUUGACAAAUUGGUGGUGAACUUUGGGAAUUUUCUGGAAGAGGCUUCCAUAGAGGUAGCUGGAAAAAGUCAGGAAAACAUUUUGGGAGUAGAAAAGAAUGAAUAUGUGACUGCUCCCUAUGGAUCUGACUGUCCCCAAGGGAAGAGUUUUGAGGAGCCCCUGGCUUUAACUGAGAAUCCUCUCAGAAAAUCUCAACACCUAUAUUCGGGAAUGGCAGAAGAGAUCUGCUCAGGAGCCAAAGAAGAACUUCCCUCUUCUGGUCAAAGUAUAGGACCAGGCCAUAUCUGUGGAGACAGAGCACAAAAUCCAUAUUUGAAAAAUUCAGUGACAACCAGAGAGUUUCUUAUGCUUGAAAAACUUCCAGAUCAUACCAAGAGAGAAGUCUAAAUGCCUCCACGGUGUAGACCCCGGGAAUUUCAAUUGGAUGACUCUUAACUGGAAAAAAUACCAUGAUUUAGCAAGAGGUGCUUCUUCAUCUCCUUCCCCAUUCGGGCUGAGUUAAAGAGCAUCUCCCUUGCCCUGAGCUGCUUGUUGAGCCUGGCUUUCAAAAACGCAAACAUGUGCUGGAAAGAAGGGACACUAGAAGUCUGAGUGAUUUGGAGGGGAAAAGCCAUUUCUUUUCUUUUGUUCAGAUAAUAAGCUCUUGCUGAGGUUUCCUAACACACUGACUUUGAAGAAAGGAUCUAGGUUCUGAACUCAAAGUACCCUGACAUACCUGGUCUUCCUCAGGAAUGGAGUGAUGGUCGCAGCCUUUGCUGGGGACACCCUCAGAGUUCCAGGAGGAACUGUGCCCCCAGGAACGCUUACUGACAGUUCUUUGGUUGGCACUUGGCCAUCUGGUGAGAACCUCGGCUUUGCCCCUUCCUCCCAAGUAACCCUGAAAUCUUACUCUUGUCAAUAGAGGUGGCAGGAAGUACAGUUGUCUUUCCCAAAGGUAUACCUGAGGCUCCUCAUUGUCUUUGCUAAAUCUCAAGCAUCUGCAACACCCCACCAAGGACUCUAGGUUUUGUUUUGUUGUUUUUUUUGUCAGUGCUACAGAUUGAACCAGGGCAUCAUGCAUUUAGGUAGGUGGUCUACCAUUGAGCUACACUUCCAGCCCUUUACCCCUGGUUUGUAGUGCAUUAACUGCUAAAAACCAAGGAAUGAGAGAAGGUUUCAGUACACUGGGAGUGGACUCCCAGGCUGGGCAGCAGGUCUGUCCCAUCUGCAGGUCAUUUCCCAGCUCUUGCUGCCCUUGUGCUGGGAGUAGAAAGGCACCAGACCUGGAAGUCUGGUGUAUGGCCACUAACCCUUCACACUGGCUCGGAGCCCAGGAAUGCUUACUGAAUACACCUUUAAAAGGCCUCUUCUCAGCAGGAGCUGAGCAGGGACAAGGAAUGGGUUAUGAUUAACAACUCUGCUGCUUUAUUGCAAGGACUUCUGCUUUUUUGCUCCAGUAAUAGUGAACCUUUGGGAAAAGUGCUGAUCACAGGAUCAUUUGCUGAGAUCCUGGGAGCUGUAUGGCUGUCACUCAGCUCCCACCAUGACCCCAGUGUGGGAGGAGCCUGGUGACAUCAAGUUGGAUGAAGUAAUGAGUGAAGGGCCCUAGAUGCUAUAAACCAAGCAUUUCCAGCCAAAAAAGCUGGUUGAAUUUUUUUUCUAGGAGAAUUUAAGAAGUUAGUACUUAGAAGGUUGCACACACCUGAACUUCAUGGCCACAAAAUCAGGUGUGCAAAAAUAUCACUUUACCUUCUUAUAACUGAAUUUAUAAUUUAUAGCUAAAAUUAAUUAUUUCAAAAUAAUGGCCACCCAGCUUGGUGAUUUCUGAGUUCUUUGACUUUGUAAUUCAGUCACAGUUGGGACUAGUUUUCCUUGAGAUAAAUUCUGAGGGUGUUCAAUGGAGCACCACCCACGGGCCAGGGCUGGCCACUUAGUAGUGUCCUCUGGGAUCCUGUAUUUGUCCAGCCAUGGUUUUGUUGGUGGUCUUGUGUAUGUGCCUAUAGCCCCACCUGUCUCUAUUUGGACACUUCCCACUCUCCUUGGCUGUGUUCUUACUGGGGGCACAGGAAAGUGUGACUGUUCUCCCAAAGCUCUCUCCCACCUCAUCAGGUCUCAAGAGACUGUAGUCCCCUCCCAGGACUCAUCACCCUGGUUUACAGAACAGUGACUGCUGAUAGAUCAGGACAUGAGGGAGGCCCAAGGCAGGACAUUGGGGAAUAGGACCCUGGGGACUCUGGGUCACCCUUCUAUCCCUUUGUUCUGCUCCUAGUUCAGGAGUAGAAAGAGCCCCUCCCCUGCAAAGUGAUACUACAGAUCCCAUGGCUGCCCUGCUAUCUGCUCUCAGCCCUACUGCUGUGGCUCGGGCACUUCUGGGCUGCUUCUGCCCAGGGUUCCCCCGGUGCCCUUGUCCACACUUCACUUUGGAUUUGUGAACUUGCGGAGAAGAUUCUAUCCUUUCCUCCUGUCUUGGUCUGGAGUGGGGAGGGAAGGAGAGGUUACUCCCUGCCAUCACUACCCGCCCCCCCCGACCUUGACCUUCUGUCCAACUGUAGCUGAGGGAAUCUUCUCAAAUUCUGUGGGAGGUGGAUGGAGAGGGAAGAGCCUCAAAUGAGUCUUGCCACUUGUUUUCUUUUUUUUUUAGUCUUUCCACUUGUAUCUGUCUCACACUGGAUGAAGCUAAAAUCAAAGUAUCUGGUGCCUGCGUGUAGAGUAGGGUUCCAAAUGGCUCCUGUAAGUGGGUUUCAGAGAUGCCAGUGUUAUGCUUCUGGCUCCCUUCCUGGCUACCUUCUACAAAGUCAUCAAAGCUGGCUUAGUCAUCUGUUGGGCACUUUGCAGAUGCAACUUGGCCCUUCUCUCUUUCUUCUUCCCUAUUCUCACUUCUUGCCUCUUGUCUUCUGCUGCUUUUCCUGCCACUCCCAGGAUUUCUCAGCUUUUCAAAUCUUCCUAUUCUCCCUUUUCUCUCCUCUCCCACUUCCCAUCUGUUCACCAUUGGCCCUAUUUGUUUUUGCUGCUUUUGAGUGGUAGGGAUGUUGUAGGCCUCUACUUCAUCUCAGGUAGGCCCCGAGGUGGUCUCUUAGGAGCCAGUCUGAGGACAGUUUUCCCAUUCUAGGGCCACAUGCUGAGCUAUUGAGGGGUGAAGGCCUCCAUGCUGGGAAGCCACUGGUGAUUUUCUCUUCUGGACCAACUCACUGGGUGUUCCCACUCUCAGUGUCCUGGAAUGACUCUGUGGCCAGAGAAGACCAUCUGUGUGUUCUGUUUUCUGUCAAAGAGACCUAAUGAGGACACAAAUAUGACUUGUAUUUUAGCAAACAUUAAAAAAACAGACAAAAUUUCCAUUAGAGUUUUCUAGGGCUCUGGGAACCAUGUCAAUAGCUAUGUUAGUGGCCUUUCUUUCAUGAUAACAGAAAAACUUGAAAGAAUGACCUAGGAAACAAUCUGUGUUAAAAAAAAAAAAAAAAAGCAAAGCUGCUUUCUGGAGGUAGCAGUGUAAGCACACCGCGUGGGGGUUUUGGAAGAGGCUACAGAUGGACAUGUGAGAAAGGAAAAGCUCCUAGCAUGGAUUCCUCCACUUUCCCUGUUGUUCCUCAAGGUCCAGCCACCAAAGUCUCACCUGUCUUCUUCCCCAGGAAUGCCCUUAGUUACUGCUGCUGUGAGCACUGUGUUGCCCAGGGUCUCACACUGCAGCCCUCCAGCCAAAUCCUGCCCCUGUGUUUGUAGGGCUAUGAGCUAACAAUGAUACAAAUGUUUUUUAAAUGGUUGGAAACAAAAUAAAAAAAUAUCUUGUGACGUGAAGGCACAUGAAAUUCAAAUUUUAGUGUCCACAAAUCAAGCUUCAUUGGAACCAAGCCACACUCAUUAUUCAACACAUCAACAAUGGCUGCUUCCCCCAACAAAGGCAGAAUUGAGUAGUUGCAAUAGAGACUGUUGCUCCCACAGAGGCCCCUUGCAGAAAGUUUGUGGACACCUACAGUAUGUCAUACAUGUGAGGCUCAGACUGCUUUAUGUUUUAACUUUUAAUUAGCUCCUAGUUAAAAACAAAUCAAGAUAUGCCAUUUCUGGAUCUCCAGCUAAAUAAGGAUGCUGCUCUUAGAAGGGCACAGAUUCUCUGGCUUGCCCCAGUCCUCAUCACUUCCUGCUCCCUGCCCAUAGCUGAGGUGGCAAGUAGGCCCCUGUUUAUCACUUCCACCAGUGGUUCUCAACUAAGGUGACUUUGUCCUUCAAUCUCCAACUCACACUUAUGGCGAUACCUGGACAUAUUUUGAUUCCUGCAAGUAGGAGGGCAGGCGCUACUGGCAUCUAGUGGUUAGAAGCCAGCAGUGCUGAUGACUCUUCCUACAGUGUGCAGACUAGCUCUCACCAGUAAGAAUGAUCCUGAAAUAGGCCUACAAUGUCAGCGGUGCCACAGUUGUUGACUAAUUUCUGCCUUCAACGCCCACUGCAUUCACAUUCCAUAGAUAAAUCUAGUUCUUUCCUUAAAUGCCAAUUAUUAAUAUCAUUCUGCAUUCAUGGUGUAAUCUACUUGUGCUGAUACAUAUCUUCACCUACUUGCAAGUCAUGUAUUGAAUCUGUUGUGUUUCUCCCUUAUUUUCACAUUCUAUUUCACAUCUAAAAUUCAUGCAUGAACAUAGUGCAGAACAUUUUGAAUAGUCACAUGACUGUUCUGUGCUUGCAUGUUGUGGUUUGCUUAGACUGCCUGAGUUUAUACAAUUGUUACAAACAUCUUGCUAAUAUAGAGAGUAAUUGUAAUAUACAUUUUUAUAUAAAAUUUUCUUUUCCCACUUUUGACCUGUCUCCAUGGGGCUGUUUCCAAAAGUGAAUUGUAGGUCGUGAUUUUAUGGUUAUUGUCACUUCUUACAUAACUGCACCCCAGCAAAGGCUACCCUGAUUUUACAGGAUCAUCAGAGAUAUCAGGAAUCUUCUGUUCUUUUCUGCUGAUAAGCAGCUGUUCACUGCUGCAGUUGAUUUUGCCCUAUUUUUUAAAUGUAAAUGUUAAUUAUUGACAAGGCCUAUCUGUAAUCAGAGUGUGAGGCGAUGCUGGUGUCUUGCCUUCUUGUUGUGGGGUCCAGAAGGGUGGAGGAUGACAAAAAAUAUCAGUAGUCCUCUUUCCCUCUCACAUGUGACUAGACACUGCAGCCAGAGGGAGAGUUUGCUCAGGUGUGCAGACAGCCCAGACGUGCUGGGAGAGCCCAGAGGCCACACUUGCCAUCUGGACUAGCUCCCUGCAGAGCAGUUCCAGGCAGAUGCUGCCCUGUGCUGAUGAGGAGCACGUGGGAAGCAGCAAGGGGAAGGAUGAAGGAGAGGGCAAACUCUGCAGUCAGCAGGCUCCUGCAGUUGCUCAAGGGAAGUCAGAUGCCUGUGCUACAGAUUUCCUUUUUAGGAAUGGAAUUCUCUCUUCCUGCUCAACUUCAACAUAUGUGUGGGACAAAAUGCCAGAAGGAUUUCCUGAGGCCUAGACUUUAAAAUGAAAAUGUGCAAGCCAGAAGGGGUGUGCAGAGUAUUCUGAGUGAUCAUAGCAACAAAGAAGACUGAACCUGAGUCCCAGUCACCUGUUGGUAUAAUACCUGGUGCAUGUACAUGGAAAGGGUGUGAUAUUGAGGAUGAAACCAAGGUCAUUAUGAUGCGAAUAGCCUUUAGAAUGCUUUAUUGUAAAUGCAUUUCUAUUUAACCUUUAGAUAAUAAAGCUAUAAUACCA